ACGUCAUGGGGAAUUGUCACAUGACUGUUGGGAGACGAAAACAGGAAGCGUUUGGUCUUUGUCGAUGCGAGAACUGUAUGGAAUUGAAAUUCACAAAAUGGGAAGUUAAGCAGACGCCACUCUUGUUUUACACGUUUCACUCAUCGACUUUUACGUUUUGCUUUGUUGGAUUUGAGGACGCCUCGUUUGUGCUGAGAGGGUCGGAGAUCGCCAUGGGCUCGGCGGUGGAGCGAACAGAUGAACAUGUGCGGGGAUAUCUGCUCUAUCGUGGCUUCACCAGCACGCUCAAACACCUGGACGGCGAGAUCAAAGCCGAUAAGGAGAAAGGCUUCCGGGUGGAUAAGAUCAUCGAUCAGCUGCUGCAGUUCGUCCAGAGUUUUGAACUGUCUGCUCUGAAGGACUACUGGCUCUACUUGGACAGGCGCCUUUUCUGCAGACUGGAGGAUGUUUACCGACCCACUGUGAACAAGCUAAGAGCGAGCCUGUACAGAUACUACGUUAUAAACGCCGUCCAGAGAGGAAACUUGGAGAAGACCCAGGAGUUUUUCCAGAAGCAGGCCAUGGAGCUGCAGGGUCAGCCCGAGUGGCGGGAUUGGUUCCUCUUGCCGUUUAUCCCUGCACCUGAGCAGAACCCGGCUUUUGCUCCGUACUUCUCCCGGCAGUGGUCCGACACCUUCCUGGUUUCGCUGCACAACUUCCUUUCUGUGCUCUUUCAGUGUAUGCCCCAACCAGUGCUGCUGAGUUUUGAUGCUGAAGUCCAGAAGACAACGAGCCUCACUGAGGAGAAUGAGCAGCUUCGUCAGCUGCUUUUCGCCCUGCAAACAGAAAGUCGAGACCAGAGCGAUGGAGACGAGGUGGUCCAUCACAAGCUUCCCCCGUAUGUUCAGAACAUGGACCGACUGGGAGAUACUGAGCUUGACCUAGUGUCAAGCCAGCGGGCUGUCAGUGUUGCCACCACACCAUCCAGGAACUUCUUCUCAACAUUCCUACCACAAGGUCGGCGCACCCCUGGAGGGAAAACGCAGCAGGUGACCUCUGUGUCUUCACCCAGCCAGGCGGCAGUUGGCAGAAAGGACCAACCAACUAGUCAGGUGAAAGGGCCAAAGAGUUUAAGCACAAUUGGCGCAACUUUACAGUCUUCCAAGUCAAAAGAUGCAGCCCAAGUCAAAGAAGCUAAACAAGGCUCCAGUCAAACAUCAGCCGGCGAACCGUCAAGUUCUCAAUCCCAACAUUCCAACCAGCAGACAAAUCAACCGACACAUUUACGACAUAAGAAAAUCCAGGCUCAUGAAAAAGAGCGCAAGGAGCUUUUCUCCAAGCCAUCGUCACAGUUACAAGAGAAAAAGGGGGAGGUAGGCGACGUGGAACCUCCAAAUGAGACCUCGGGCGAAGCUCCUGACUCUUCCUCCUCAAGCAGCAGGAGCGCAGGCAGAGGAGCAGAAGGAGUCGGGCUAUCGGCAGAGCAGCCAUUUAUCAAACUCAGUCAGGAGGAAUAUGGAGAACAUCAUUCCUCCAUCAUGCACUGCAGGGUCGAUUGCUCCGGUCGCAGAGUUGCCAGUUUGGAUGUAGAUGGUGUUAUUAAGGUGUGGUCCUUCAAUCCCAUCAUGCAGACCAAAGCCACCAUCAUGUCCAAGUCUCCUCUGCUUUCCCUCGAGUGGGCCACAAAACCUGACAGAUUGUUGUUACUCGGCAGCGGUGUUGGCACGGUGCGGUUGUAUGAUACAGAAGCAAAGAAGAAUCUAUAUGAGAUGAACAUUGAUGAAACCCAUCCACGUAUCUUGUCUUUGGCCUGCAGUCCCAGCGGUUCAUCCUUUGUCUGUUCAGCUGCAGCUGUCAACCCAACUGCACUUGUUGAGCCAAUGCAGGUGUCUGGACAGCUGCUGCUCUGGGACACCAAGACAGUGAAACAACAGCUCAGGUUCUCUUUAGAACCGGAACCAGUGGCCAUUAACUGCACAGCUUUCAACCACAAUGGGAACUUGCUGGUAACCGGAGCCGCGGACGGAGUCAUCAGACUCUUUGACAUGCAGCAGUAUGAGAGCGCUAUGAGCUGGAGGGCACAUGAUGGAGAGGUUUACAGUGUUGAGUUCAGCUAUGAUGAAAACACCGUCUUUAGCGUCGGAGAAGAUGGCAAGUUCAUCCAAUGGAACAUUCAUCGAUGUGGAGUGAAGCAGUCAGAGCAGGUUUUACCUCAAGACGCCACCGGGCCUUUUGUCCUGUCGGGGUACAGCGGAUACAAACAGGUCCAGGUUCCCCGGGGUCGCCUCUUCACCUUUGACUCGGAAGGACAACACGUCCUGACUUGUUCAAGCUCUGGAGGGAUCAUUUGCAAAUUGACAAAUGGAGAGCCCGCUCUGGAGAGCGUGCUGUCUCUGGGCGGACACAAAGCUCCAGUGGUGACAGUUGACUGGUGCUCGGCGUUGGACUGCGGCACCUGCCUGACUGCCUCCAUGGACGGAAAGAUCAAACUGAGCACGCUCCUUGCACAGAAGUCCUGAGUCAAAACCCGAGUACGAGACAUUCAUUUGAGGGGCGGCGUGCAUCGAGAGGAAUGGACUUAAUAGAGUUCAUGCAGAGAUUAUUCCGGAAUCUGAUGUCGGUGUAAGCAGUUUCAUGAUGCAAUACAAACAUGUUCGACAUUCAUGUCAGUACAGUAUUAAAGUCCACACUGUUUUUUUUUUUUUUUUUGUUUGUUUUUUUUACAGACCUGAAAGUGUUUGUCCUUUUUAUGUAGAAAAGCACUGUGGACAUUUGGCAGGUUUUUUUUUUUGUAGUUGCAAUUUGAAAGUACUUAUUCUAUAACAUUACACUUGCACAAAAAACAAAAGGGUUAAUGUCAAAUCAAAAAGGAGGACGAGAGAAACGGCGAGUUUCAUGUUAUAUCGUUUCAUUGGGUAACGUUUCCGCUACUUUCUGUAAAUCCACACAUUUACAGUACAUCAGUCAAAAUUGGAAGGUGCAAUAGUGAGUUGCAUAUUUGCCCCGAAGGUCUGAGGUUUGGGCUUUGAAUCUAGACCACCAAACAUACCAUUUCAUCAGUGAAGUAUGGUGGCGGUAGUGUCAUGUAUGGCUGUCAAUGGGACUGGUUGCCUUGUAUUUUGUAUAUUAUUAUUUUUUUGAUUCUGUGACUGCUGACACAAGCAGCAGGAUAAAUUCGGAAGUGUUUCGGGCAAAAUGAUCUGCUCAUAUUUAGCCAAAUGCUUCAGAACUAGACUUAGGAUUGGAAUACUGUGAAAUGAUGUAAACACAAAGAAAUAAAUACUUGGAAUUGUUUAAA